GAGGCAGAGCAGUCUGCACACAUCAUCAGCUUGUCUCUUUAGGAGGACGAGAGCAAGAGAGAGUAAGAAAGUGGGUUAAGAAGAGACAGACGGAAAAAAGGAAGAAAAGAGAAACUGCAUCAAAGAAAAGAGAGAGUUGUUGUUGAGCUGGGAAUCCAUCCAGCAGACUUCAGUUUGUGUCCAAAACCAGUUAAAACCAGAGUGACGGGGAGCCGUGAGUGGGAGGACAGACUGGUUUCUAGCCACAGGGAGUAGACUGCAAAGCACCAUGGCUGACAAUGUGAAUGAGGAGUCGGAUUAUACUCCGGGGAAAGAUGAGCUGGACUGGGGCUAUGAGGAAGGUGUAGAAUGGGGACUUCAUUUCCCAGCAGCCAAUGGCGAGUACCAGUCUCCCAUUAAUCUAAACUCCAGGGAGGCUCACUACGAUCCGUCACUCCUGGAUGUUGGAUUGUCACCAAACUACGUGGUGUGUCGAGACUGCGAGGUCAUCAAUGAUGGACACACUGUCCGUAUUAUUCUCAGGUCCAAGUCAGUGGUUACUGGAGGUCCACUGCCAAGCGAUCACGAGUAUGAGCUUCAUGAGGUUCGAUUCCACUGGGGCAAAGAGAACCAAAGAGGAUCGGAGCACACGGUCAACUUCAAGGCUUUCCCUAUGGAGCUUCAUCUGAUUCACUGGAACAGCACUCUGUUUAACACAUUGGAGGAUGCUCUAGGGAAGAAGAAUGGAGUACUUAUCAUAGCUCUUUUUGUGCAGAUUGGUAAAGAGCAUCUGGGACUGAAGGCCAUCACUGAAGUUCUCCAGGACCUGCAGUACAAGGGGAAGAGCAAGAUAAUCCCCUGCUUUAAUCCCAACACUCUGUUACCGGAUCCAUUACUGAGAGACUACUGGGUGUAUGAAGGAUCUCUGACUACACCACCUUGUAGUGAGAAUGUGACCUGGAUUCUCUAUCGUUACCCUCUCACCAUCUCACAGUUACAGAUUGAGGAGUUUCGGAGACUACGGUCCCAUGUCAAAGGUGCGGAGCUGCCAGAAGGGAAUGAUGGGAUGCUGGGGGACAACUUCCGUCCCACCCAGCCGCUCAGUGACCGGACAGUUCGCGCUGCCUUCCAGUGACUCCCACUUUCCACCGCCAUCUCAGACAAACUGUGGGAUCUACAGAUACAAUCAAAGAAGGAGAGAAGAAAGAAGAGGCGUGAAGAGAGUAGCAGCAGUGCAAGGAUGUGGUUCUAGAUCAGCCGCAGAUUAAGAGUGAAGGUGGACAAAGAAGCUAUUGAUUACACCCCUUUACAGUGUGCGUGUGUGUGUGUGUGCUUAAGUGUAGUCUCUACACCCUCCUGCCCCUCCCUUUUAACAUAUGUAAAAUCCCCCUCUGUUUGUGUACUGUAGUGUGGUAUUGUGUUAAUCUGCUGUGUCUGUCCUGGUGACAGGAGGCUUAUAAUCAGCCAAUCUCUGCUGUCAAAACAAAAGGAAGCUUGAACCACAGAUGUGGUACCUAGACACAUCCGUGCGCGUACACACACACACACACACACACACACACACACACACACACACACACACACACACACACACACACACACACACACACACACACACGCACACACACACACACACACACACACACACACACAUCCUUUGUACAUUACGUGAAUACAGGACGUUAAUUAUGCAAGACUGUACACAUUUUACACAAAGUUUAUGAGCUUAUUUGAAGCUAAAUUUCAAAUGAAGUCACACAAAGAAAAUAUACACGUGUAUUAAAUCAAGCAUCCAGCAAGAUCUUAAAAGAAAUCAUGUUUCUAUACAGCCUCUGUUUGAAUCUUUUUAGCAAAUCUCCAUUGUUAGUAUUUCUUUAUUAAAUGUCCCCCAAAGGGCUGGAGAGAGACAGGUGAAGGCAGGUGUACCGGCUGAAUAUUAUUGGAAAUUAAGCACUGAAGGAAUCUUUGAACUGAAUAAUUUUCCAUUAUUUCCAUCAGCUUCCUGUACCUGAUGCAUUUUCACAUCCGCACUCUGGAGGUUGGGCUCAUUUUGUAGGUUAACCCUUCAAUCCAGUGUAUUUUGCUUAUUUUCCAACUCAAUAUUUGAAUUCUGGGACUAACAUUGUUUAAAGGUUCAAAAUAAUCCAUAUUUACAAGGUGUUGCUCUCCAUGCCACUACCACACUGCUGCACCAGUUAGUGAAACAACUAUGUUUAAGGGUAAAACAUCAAUUUUUACAUGCAUCCUGAAAAUUCUCAAUAUUUCUGAGGCUAACAAAUAAUAUCCAGAACAUCCUAAUAACAAGGGAAAAAAUUAAUUUGCGCAAAUUUAUAUUCUUGUGCAUUUUUACAUGACAAGUAAAGUAAGUAAAAUAAAAAAAAAAUGAGUUGAUUAACUUUUUGAGCAUCAAAACGGCACCAUCAACUUUUUAUUUUGGCAAAGCAAUUUAUGUUAAUGUCAUUGAGCCUAUAGUCAAGUCAUCUUCGCUUAUGACCUGGAUUACUCCCUGCAAAGCAUAAACAUGAUGCAACGAUGCUGUGUGCACAGAUGUGGGCGGUGAGCCAACGCACUGCAAGGCGAGCAUCUCAGCUUGUAUUUUGUUUUGUAUUUUUGACCACCUCUCUCAGGUUUGAACAGCAGGUGGGUGAAACUAGGUGCCUGAGAUGACCAUAUUAGGGAUAUUCUCUCUCUCUGACAUCAUAAAAAGUUUAGAGUUAAAAAAAUGUUUGAUGCCUGAACUCACAGGGGUUACUUGUACAUACACUGACCUCAUUAUUUGAACCUUAAUAUGAAUGUCCAGCAUUGAGACUAUGUUCCUGAAAACCAGGGCAAAGCACAGUCAGUCCACCUUAUCGUUUAGAUACAUUUCUGACCAAACUAACACAAACUAAAAAACUAUACAGCCCAUCAUGAACCAGCAAUUCUGAAUAAAACAGUAUUAUGCUGGAUGUCUUCACACAAUCAACAGCUUUAAUACUGGAUAUCAGUGUUCCUACUGAACUUUCAAAUCCCAUUCAUCAGUGGGACACUGCAGCCACUACCACAACUUAUGUGUUACUAGCACUGUUUUUUUUUUUUAAAAUUUGUGUAUGUGUCAGUGUAUUUGUGUGUUUGAAUGCCUGGCCUCACUGUAUGUGACUAACUGAUCUGGCAUAAACUGUGAGAACUGAUGACUAUUACUGUAAAGCAACAAUAAACCUGACACGCUGACUUACUAAAACUCUGAAA